AUGGAAUCUGUGGAAGGAAACGCAACGACGACAGGAUCUGAAUCCUCCGGAUUCAAUCUUCCAAUUAUCGAUUUUGCGGGCUGGAAAGCCGAUAGCACGAAAGAGCAGCGAUAUGAAAUUGGGAAGAAGCUCGCAGACGCAUGCCACAAUGUAGGGUUUGUCUACAUCAUUAACCAUGGCGUCAGUCCCGAGCUCCUGGCGGAAGCCUUUGGGUGGUCGAAACGACUGUUCGACCUCAGCCUGGAGGAGAAGAUGCUAGCGCCUCACCCUGAUGGACCAGCAGUUCAUCGUGGCUAUUCGUACCCGGGCCUAGAGAAAGUAUCGCAGGUCAUCAGUACCAACGAUGAGCUUGGCGAGAAGUUACGGGAGGUGAAGGAUUGCAAAGAGAGUUAUGAGAUUGGGAGCGAGGAGAACGAGGAGCAGCCAAACGUGUGGCUACCGGAAGAAGUGCUGCCCGGGUACAGGGAAUUCAUGACCAAGUUCUAUUGGGAAUGCUCUAAAGUUUCUCGUGAGGUUCUGACGGCUAUCGGGACCGGAAUGGGGUUGCGUGACCCGGAGUUCUUGUUGAAAUUCCACUCCGGCCAUAACAAUCAACUUCGACUUCUCCACUACCCUCCCAUUCCCGCUGCAGAGCUGGAGAAUGGGUCGAGUGCUCGCAUGCCUGCCCACUCGGACUGGGGAUCAAUCACCUUUCUAUUCCAAGAUGAUACUGGCGGGCUGGAAGUCGAAAAUCAGAAUGAGCCAGGGACUUUCAUCAAAGCUCAUCCUCUGAAAAACGCAAUCAUUAUGAACGUCGGGGAUCUACUAAUGCGUUGGAGCAAUGACUACCUGAGAUCGACGCUCCACCGUGUAACACUCCCAUCCGUUCCCGAUCGGUUUACUGGAGAAGAACGUAUGACACGUGCUCGUUAUUCGAUUCCCUAUUUUGUAAGCCCGGAUAUCGAUGCUGUGAUUGAGUGCCUCUCGGAAUGCGCAGAUGAGUCUAAUCCAGUCAAAUAUAAACCGGUUGUGCAAAGAGAAUAUCGACUCCUGCGAGCAAAGUUGCAAUACCGGGAGACAGCUCCAGCGACGGUGACAGCGAUGUCGUGA